AUGGUGGGGUCUGGGAUCCCAGCUUUGGGCCUCUUCCUGCUAAUGCAGGGCUCAGUAGGUGAGGGGGCUGAUGAGAGGGUCAGAGAGCUGAGCAGAGGGCCUCCUCACCCUCCAUACAGCCUCCCAACACCGCUCUUUUUUUUCACAGACGGGAAUGGAAUCCAGGGAUUCUUCUAUCCAUGGAGCUGUGAGGGAGAUGUGUGGGACCGGGAGAGCUGUGGGGGCCAGGCGGCAAUUGAGAACCCGAAUCUCUGUCUGCGUCUACGAUGCUGCUACCGCGACGGGGUCUGCUACCACCAGCGGCCGGACGAAAACAUGCGGAGGAAGCACAUGUGGGCGCUUGGCUGGACGUGCGGAGGCCUCCUUUUCCUGAUCUCCAGCAUCUGCCUGUUCUGGUGGGCCAAGCGACGGGAUAUGCUGCGGCUGCCGUGGUUCCUGAAAGGCAAGUGCAACCUGUCCAGGACCGUCUCUCUGUUAUCCAAGGACCAGACACUGAGCAAAAAGAAGACGGCGUCCAUUGGCAGCAUGCCCACGGAGGGGGCCCUGGAUGUCUCGGGGGGCACUGAUGGGGAGGGCACGGAAGGGGGCGAAGAAACGGAAGCAGGGGAGGAGGAAGAUUAG